AUGUCCGACUCUGGAACCUCCCUUAAUUCGCACCUAUCCAGGAGGACACCCCUCCUCGGUCUCAAGAUAUGGGUCCUGAUCGGAGUCGGCGUCGGCGCCUUCAUCGUGGCCAUUCUCUCCAUCUUAGCCAUCUGCUUGACAGCAAGGAGCAGGAGGAAGCUCAGGGCUUCAGGUAAGCCUCCUAACACCCGGAUUCCCGCAAUCCCGGAGGAAAUCAAGGAGGUGCGCGUUGACUCUGCUGCGCAUGAACGGAUCAUCCUCGACGCUGACCGCAAAUUCAACGAGGAAGCGUCCCAGUUGGGGUCGUCUCGCUUCGGCUCAUUCUAUCAUGCUGACAAUGGUUUUGCUGAAGAAUGGCGCUUCUCUGGCGCCGCCAUUGAUGCUGGAGAGCAGUCACUGUCACACCCCCCACAGGCAGGCCCCUUGGCAGGCCUUCCAGAGCUCUCCUUCCUCGGCUGGGGCCACUGGUUCACACUGAGGGAUCUGGAGAACGCCACAAGGCGUUUCUCCAGGGACAAUGUUCUCGGGGAGGGCGGUUAUGGGGUUGUUUACAGAGGAGAACUCAUCAAUGGGACUCCAGUGGCGGUCAAGAAGCUCCUGAACAAUCUGUAUGCUCUAACCUUCCUAUUUCUUCAUCGCAGUCUACAAUCCCGUUGACUUUUGAAACUUCUGCUAUCACUAUCCAGGGGACAAGCUGAGAAGGAAUUCAGGGCAGAAGUCGAGGCCAUUGGCCAUGUCCGGCACAAAAAUCUAGUGCGCCUUCUUGGCUACUGUGUGGAAGGCACUCAAAGGUGCAUUCUCACCCCGCUACUCUCUCUCUCUCUCUCUCUCUCUCUCUCUGUGGGCACAUCUCCAGAAUCAACGUCAACGAAAGUCAAAGUUGAGAUCGAAUUCCUGUCCAUCAUCUUCCGCUGAUAUGAACUAGAAGCAUGACUGAUCGAUGAACUUGAUCUCUGCCUGUUUGGGAUUGUGCAGGAUGUUGGUUUACGAGUACGUGAAGAACGGAAAUCUCGAGCAGUGGCUUCAUGGCCCAACGCGACAGCACGGGUUUCUGACGUGGGAUGCUCGGAUUAAGAUCCUCCUGGACACUGCCAAAGCGUAAUCCCACUCCCCAGUCCCCAAAAAUAAGAAAUAAUAAUAAUAAAAAUAAAAGAUCUGCAGGAAGAAUGAUUUUGUCGGAUUAUUAUUCGCCCCCAAUUCUCAGAAUAUUGAUUAUUCGUCCCUGUCUGAGGCAGUCUGGCAUACUUGCAUGAAGCUAUCGAGCCGAAGGUGGUGCACCGGGAUAUAAAGUCGAGUAAUAUCCUGAUCGACGACGAGUUUAAUGGCAAGGUGUCCGAUUUCGGCCUCGCGAAGCUGCUGGGAGCUGGAAAGAGCCACGUCACCACUCGGGUGAUGGGAACCUUUGGGUAUCUGUCCCCAUCUUCCUAAGCUCGAAGACAAAGAGAACCGGGCUUUUCCAAAGAAUGAGCCGUGUGAUUCCUCCGCUGACUCCCCUCCGUUGACUUUCAGCUACGUGGCGCCAGAGUAUGCGAACACAGGUCUGCUCAAUGAAAAGAGCGACGUUUAUAGCUUCGGGGUCGUUCUGUUGGAGGCCAUCACCGGCAGAGAUCCCGUUGACUAUGGCCGCCCCGCCAAUGAGGUAUAUACAGAGAUCACCCUCCUCUCUUCCUCUUUAACUGGUCUUCGACGAAUCUUGCGGUUUCAUCUUCCUCGAGAGUUGACUUUACGGGUCAGCAGCUUUUCGACGGGAGUAUUUUUGUCACUCCACGUGUCGUGACGUCCUUGUAAACUGUAGGUCAACCUUGUGGAGUGGCUGAAACUGAUGGUCGGGAACCGGCGGUCAGAAGAGGUGCUGGAUCCGGCCAUGGCGACUCGACCAUCUACGAGAUCCCUUAAGCGAGCCCUCCUGGCAGUCUUGCGGUGCGUUGACCCGGACGCGGAGAAGAGGCCGAAGAUGAGCCAGGUCGUCCGCAUGCUCGAACCCAAUGGCCCGAUCCCGCGCGAGGUUUGAACCCUAACCGUAUCCCACGCUUUUGCCCCUCUUGCCCUUGUCGUCUAACCUUCCUGAGCACGGGUAGGAUCGGAGGCGGCGGAGUCGCCGCCCGGGGAACGCGGAGAGUGAAUCUCUCAAGGGCAUCUCCGACACGGAGAUGAGCGACAGCUCCGAGGCUUGCAACCAGUGA